ACACCCACUCUCUUCUCCCAGAUAAACACACACACACACCCUCUCUCUGCUCACACACACAUCUUCAUCUCCUCAGAGAAAAAUCAGCUAAAAUCAAAGAUGGGGAAAAUUAACGGAUGCCUCAAAUGUCUCUUCAUCUUCUUCAACGUCAUCUUUGCAAUUGUAGGAUGUGUCCUGGUCUACGGGACAGUGAAGGCCACGGCCUACAGCGCCCAGAUGUCGGCGUUCGGAGGCCCUGGCCUUGGUUGGGCGUGGGUGUUUGCCAUCGGAGUUCUUGGAAUCUCCUGCCUGGGAAUCUAUGCAGCCUGCUCCGAGAAACCGCUGGCCCUGAAGAUCUUUGCAGGCUUCAUGGGGGUCGGAAUGCUCAUCACCAUGAUCUUUGGCAUCAUAAUGGUUGUGACAAGAAACAGGAUCAGAGAGCAGUUGAACAGCGCCUCUGCCGAGCUCACUAACGUCUUCAUGGAAAACCCCGACCUGAAAAAGACUCUUGAUGGGCUGCAGGAAUCUGCCCAGUGCUGUGGCGUGAUGAGUGCUUCAGACUGGGGCAGUGACAUCCCUGCGUCCUGUGAGUGCAAGUCUUCAUACAGAAAUGACAGGUCCACGCCAUUUUCAAGUGGGAAAUGUAAAGCCAGACCUCAGGGAACCACAGGCCCCGCCCAGAUUUAUGAAGAGUCCUGCAGUGUUUUCUUCAUGUCAAUCAUCAACUUGCUCUUCAACAUCCUCAUGGGCUUCUUCUUUGCGUGCGCAGUCACCGCACUUCUGGGUCUGCUGAUCUCCCUGCUGAUGAUCCACCAGGUCAGACGCCACGACAACGCCGGCACGGCGUCCAUCGCCAUGAAGGGCUAUUAAAGGCAAACCACCUUUCGACCCCCUCCCCCCCGACCUUUAACCUCCGCACUGUAAUUAGGGGACUCGGUGGUCAAAUUCAUGUCGUCGUAGUUGUUACUAUCUUAAAUGUAAUAAAUCCUGUCCUGUAUGAAGAACGAUGUAGAGGAGGAUGCCGGAGACGGAGCAGAGCGUACGCCGAAAGGAAAAUGAUUGUUUUCUUGUAGAAAUUCUGAAUAGCAAACAUAUAUUUUUUUGUGAAGUAUAAACUUUAUCUUUUUUUGUGUUAUUUGAAUGUAAGACGUAUCAUAGAAAUAUCAAGCUUCACACUUCA